UCUCUCCGGAAUUUCCACCUUUCUCCAUGGAAAAGAAAAACUUGCUAUAUAUAUCUUCGCGCUGUUUCUUCUGCUGAUUGAUCUUGAUUUUGGGUGGAUAAUCAUGGAGCUUCUUCAAGAGAUUGUCCUGACAGCUAUUGUUGCCGUUCUGUUUUCUUUUCUGAUAGCGAAGCUUGUGUCCGUGGCGAUGUCUGGUGGUUCUGUGGUUGAAUCGGAGUCGAAAUCGGGGACUGGUGUUGAUGAGGAGAUUAUUGUGCAAGAGUUGCAGUUUGGAGGAAGAUUGAAGGUUAAGGCAUUGGAAAGCGAGAGAAAGGUUGAGUUCGUGGAGGAAAUUGUCAGCGGAGCCGAGGAUUUUGGAGCAGCAGCGGCUCAGGUUGAGGAGAUCACGGAAUCGGUUGCUAGCGGUCCAGAAUUGGAAAUCGAAACGCUUCAGCAACCAGAAAAAUCAGAAUAUGAGGUGAAGCUUGAUGAUGUCGUUGACAAGAAGAGCUCUGGCAUAGGAAAAGGAACCGGACUUGAAAAAGAAAGUGCUAGCGAAGUUGCCGACGCCAAAGAAGAAUCGCCUAAGGCUGAUAAAGCAGCAGAAUCAGCUACUCUCAGCCGCGAAAUGGAAGCAGAAGCGUGUCAACUCCAGGAAAAAUCAGAAUCCGAGGUGAAGUUUGAUGAUUUUAUUGAAGGGAAGGUAGAGAACAAAGAGGUUGGGGAAAUGGUACCAGAAAAAUCAGAAUCUGAGGUGAACAAACAGGUCCGAGAAAUGGUGCAAGAAAAAUCAGAAUCUGAGGUCAAGUGUGAUGAUGCUGUUCAGGAGAAUGUAGAGAACAGAGAGGUCGAGAAAAUUGGUGAAGAAUUCGAGACCAAAAAUGAUCAGGAGGCGCAAUCUGAUGAGUUUGGUGUUGUAGAGAGUAAAUUGGAGAGAUUAGGUAGUGAAGAAAAAGAGAUGAAAUCGGAGAGUGAUGAUGAUUGGGAAGAUAUAGAAAGGAGUGAAUUGGAGAAGGCUUUUGCAGUUGCUGUUAAGUAUGUUGAGGGUAAGGGAGAAUUGGAAGGUAUGGAAAGUGAUGUGAAGAUGGAAAUGUAUGGACUCCACAAGGUUGCAACCCAGGGGCCAUGCAGAGAGACACAGCCUAUGGCUCUGAAGAUGUCUGCUCGCGCCAAGUGGAAUGCUUGGCAAGGGCUGGGAAACAUGAGUCCAGAGGUUGCUAUGGAGCAGUAUGUUGCACUUCUUUCAGAUAGAGUUCCUGGCUGGAUGGAAGACAACUCUACUGGAGAGAAUAAACAGGAACCUGUAGAAGCAGGAAAUCAAACUGCUAUUGCUCAUGAUACAAGUUCAUUUCCAGACUGUGAGACCAAAUCUACACAAGAAAGGAAUCCAGAAUUGGAGUCUGCAGCAGCGGGAGGUCAUUUGUCUGGAUGGUCAGACUUUGACAACCUGGCCAAAGAAUGACUAGCGUUGUUUCACUUCUUCAUCCCCCCAACUACAGGGGCUAUUCUCCUGGGUGUGAUUGACCAGAAGCUGGACUAUUCUUUUAUCAUCAAGUACAAGUGGUAAAGCUAUUAUGCUGCUUAUGUUUUCCCUUAGUGAAAACAACCUUGAUGUUGUGUGAUUGAGAAAACUGGAAUCAUUGUGCAUAUAUCCAUGUAAAUAUGUAUGCAUUUCCCACCCGUCUGUGUUUCUAAUAAUUCAAGAUGGCUUGGUGGUCGUUGUGACCCUUCAGCAUGCUUUUACUCGACUAAUUUUCUGCUUACUUUAUAUAUCGGUAUUUUCCAGUUCUUUUUGAUGUUGGAAAUACGUGAAGGGGUAUGUGCAAAUAUAGAUCCAUUGUAUUUACAGUGAUGUGCCAGGUACCCCUCACCCACACGUUUCAAAUUGUGGCAUGUAGAACAGAGCUAGUUGAUUGUAUAUUUGCAUUGCUAUUUCUGUGUGUUGGGGAAUUGUCUUUAGUUUAUCAUA